GGGGGGGGGGGGGAUCUCAAGAAUAUUAACAUAAAACAUUGGGGGAUAUCUAAACGAACAGCACGGUGAUGAUGACGACGACGACGGCCAUCGCACUGAGUGUGGGAAUCCCGCCCGCCUCCGUCCCAACUUUCACUUGAUCUCCUCGAGACCUCCCCCACGCUCGCUCUUCCCACACUCGGUUGGAUUAAAAGCUAAAGAAGGCUGAGAAGUCACAGCUCGGAUGUCCUCCCCGGUCCGUCCCGUUUUCCUCUUGCCUCUUUUCUCUUUCCUGCAUACUUUUUGAAAACUUGCUCUUGUUCUCAUGCAUCAUCUGAGGUUUGGGGAGGGUCCCACUCCCAGGCUGGGAGAGCAACAAGUAACAGGAGGUUUCACAAAUGGAGCUAUGGAGAUGUGACUGUAUUUUUUCAAGAGGAACUUCUAAUUGGUUGGUUUUUUCCCCCCUCGAAUCACUUAUGACAUUCGUCACGAUAGCUGGAAAGGAGCUGGCGUUUGGACGGCACGCGACAUUGCCGUGGAUCCUCGAGAUGAAGAAGCAAUCCAGGACUUGAGGACCGCUGAGUGCCAAGGGAGAGCCUCCCAUCCAGCCCCCGUCACAGCGCCAAGCCACGCUCACCAUCUCCCUGCGAGGUCGGAAUAAAAAGCAGCGCGGGGGAAUGGCAAGUCACAGACACCCUCGCUUCCUGCAUAAGCUGUCCUACCACCCUCGAUGGCGGCGCAACACAUUCAAACCCAGGAGAAAAAGACACAUGUGGGCAAACGGUGACGUAGCUCACGGUCUCUUUAAAUCCCGGUCCCGCUCAUCAUCAUCAUCAUCAGCAUUGUUAAAACCAAAGUUGCCAUUGUCCCCGGUACAGCGUUAUAAGAGCUGUUGGGCAAGCUGGCUUUUAAUGCCCUUACUCCUGAUCUCAUCCCUACCUUGUCAGGCCUGGGCAACCACUUUCAAGGUGGCCCUGGUCGGACCCUGGACUUGCGACCACUUUUACUCCAAAGCCCUGCCGGACACGGCGGCCCGCCUCGCCACCGCGCGCAUCAACAAGGACCCCCACCUUAACAAAGGCUACUGGUACGACUACACGCUGAUCAACGAGGACUGCAAGUCAUCCCGUGCCAUGGCUCGCUUCGCUGAGCUCGAAGGAUACGGCGCGGCCUUCCUGGGGCCGGCCAACCCGGGAUACUGCUCUUUGGCUGCUUUGUACGCUAAAGAGUGGGACGCUGGAAUUCUCUCCUGGAGUUGCCUGAAACCGAACAUGGGAGAAGGAGGGAUGUAUCCCACUUUCCUACGCCCACAGCCGUUGUCCUCGCGUGUCCUUUUCACGGUGCUACGCUACUUUCGGUGGGCCCACGUGGCGAUCAUCUCGGAGGAGAGGGACAUCUGGGAGGCCACUGGAAAUGAGCUGGCUUCAUCUCUGAGGGCUUUGGGCCUGCCCGUCAACCCCGUAGUGACCAUGGAGGCGGGCGAGGACGGGCCGAGGAAGGCCUUGACAAGAGUACGGGAAUCUGAUCGGGUUCGAGUGAUCAUUAUGUGCAUGCCUUCUGUCCUGGUUGGUGGCCAAGCUCAGUACGAGCUUUUGCUGUCUGCUUUAGCCAUGCGAAUGAUUGACCGCGGCUACGUCUUCAUCCCCUACGACACACUGCUUUACUCUCUUCCGUACAACGACGCGUUCUACUACACCCUGGGCAAUGACACCAGGCUGAGGAAAGCCUACGAUGGGGUGCUCACCAUCACCAUGGACUCUGGAGACCGCAAUUUUUAUCAGGCCUUUAAAGAGGCUCAGGGCAGCUACGAAAUCCGCAGCAGCACCGCAGCAGAGAACGUUUCUCCGUUCUUCGGCUCCAUCUACAACAUGAUGUAUUACACAGCGAUGGCCGCCGAGCAGGCCCGUGCGAAUAGCGGCCGUUGGGUGACCGGUGAGCUCCUCGGCUCCAGCGAGGGCGGCUUCGAAUUCGAGGGCUUCAACCAACGCUUGAGGGCGGGUAGGAACGGUGAAGGCAUGCAGGCUCGCUACGUCGUGCUGGACUACAGCGGCAUGGGCGGCUCUCUCUACUCCACUCACGCUCUGGAGGCCGCGCACACAGACGGCAGGAUCGGAGGGUUGAAAUAUCUCGGUCGCUCAAUCCAUUUUGCAGGCAGUACCCCUUACGCGGAUUCCAGCUGUUGGUUUAGUCCUUAUUUUGCCUGCAGCGGAGGAAUGGAUUCUACGACAAUCGUCUUUUUCCUUCUCUUCGCCGUGGUGGUUGCUGGUACCGUAAACGUCUUCAUUCAUUUCAAGAGGAGCGGCAGAGUGGGCUUCACCUUUGGAGACGGUGGCGCCAGUCCCGCCAAAGUACUCCUGACUCUGGAUGACUUGGUUUUCAUUAACACACAAAUCAGCAAAAGGAAGCUGAACGAUGAAAGCAUCAUGAAAAGUCAGCUGGAUAUGAAGACACCUCACCACUCCGUGUCCGGUCGCAGCUAUUUAGCUUCGACACCGGACAGCUCCAGUGUCGCUGUAUUUGAGGGCGAUUGGGUUUGGCUGAAGAAAGGCCCACCAGGAGCUGUGUCAAGCAUCAAUAGCAGCACAGAGUCAGUCUUCAUCAAGGUCAGAGAUAUGAGGCACGAGAAUCUCAAUCUGUUCCUGGGACUGUUCUACGACUCGGGCAUUUUCGGAGUGGUGACGGAACACUGCUCCAGAGGCAGCUUGGAGGACCUGCUCACCAACGAGGACGUACGUCUGGACUGGAUGUUCAAGUCUUCCCUGCUGAUGGAUCUUAUCAGGGGGAUGAAGUACUUGCACAAUCGAGGAAUCGUUCACGGGCGCCUCAAAUCCCGAAACUGUGUGGUGGACGGGCGCUUCGUGCUGAAGGUGACUGAUUAUGGCUUCAAUGAACUUCUCAGCGCGCAGAGCAUCAGCAUGGAGGAAGAAAAGCCCGAGGCUCUGCUCUGGACCGCUCCUGAGCUGCUGCGCAGCGCUUCUCUGAGGAGAAAGGGGACCUUUCCAGGGGACGUCUACAGCUUUUCCAUCAUCGCGCAGGAAGUUAUUUCCCGCUCGGCGCCGUUUUGUAUGCUGGACAUGCCACCCAAGGAGAUUAUCAACAAGGUCAAAGAGCCGCCUCCUUUGUGUCGGCCCUCCGUGUCCGUGGACGAGGCUCCCCUGGACGUCAUCCAGGUCAUGAAGCAGGCCUGGAGCGAAGAACCCGACAAGAGGCCCACAUUUCAUGAUAUUUUCAAACAGUUUAAAAACAUCACCAAAGGAAAGAAGACCAACAUUAUCGACUCAAUGUUGCGCAUGUUGGAGCAGUACUCCUCCAACCUGGAGGAUCUGAUCCGGGAGAGGACAGAGGAGUUGGAGGUGGAGAGACAGAAGACUGACCAACUGUUGGCUCAGAUGUUGCCCAAGUCUGUGGCCCAGGCGCUGAAGACAGGCAAGCCGGUCAAACCCGAGCACUUCAAAGAGGUCACGCUCUACUUUAGCGACAUCGUCGGCUUCACCACCAUCUCGGCUCUCAGCGAGCCCAUCGAGGUGGUCGACCUGCUGAACGACCUCUACACGCUGUUUGACGCCAUCAUCGGGGUACAUGACGUGUACAAGGUGGAAACGAUCGGAGACGCGUACAUGGUGGCCUCCGGAGUCCCCAACAGGAACGGCAACCGUCAUGCGGCCGAGAUGGCCAACAUGUCUCUCGACAUCCUCCACUGCAUCGGCACCUUCAAGAUGAGACACAUGCCCGAAUUAAAAGUUAGGAUCCGGAUCGGCUUGCACUCCGGCCCGGUCGUCGCAGGAGUCGUGGGCCUCACGAUGCCUCGGUACUGCCUCUUUGGAGACACGGUCAACACAGCAUCUCGAAUGGAGUCCACCGGGUUGUCUUACAGAAUACAUGUCAACCGGAGCACAGUAGACAUCCUGAACGACUUGAAGCUUGGCUACAAAAUUCAAGUUCGAGGUCUGACGGAAUUAAAGGGCAAAGGUGUUGAGAACACGUACUGGUUGGUGGGAAGGGAAGAUUUCAAGAAACCUCUGCCCAUUCCAGCAGACCUUCAAGGCGGAAGCAAUCACGGCAUCGCCUUGGACGAGAUUCCUCCUGACCGCAGACAAAAGUUUCUGGAUCGACAGAAGAAGAUGGGCUAGAGCGCUGCUGGACGCUUUGUUUGUUUUCGAACAAUCCCCACCAGAGUAGAUUGUGAAAAGAAGUAGCGGCAUUAUCAAAUGGACCUGACCAAAUAGGACAAUAUGUCCUGUUAAGGUCUCAAAUGUGUGCUGCUCGAGGAAGGGACUGAUGUCGUACAUUUGUACCGGCGCGUAACCUUCAUUUAUAGAAAUGCUGCACAAACUCGUUGCAUAAACGUUUUCCGGUUAUAGUCAGCUUUCCUCACGCUCGAUGCUGAGAAACUUUAGAUAUUUCCAUCAUUGCGUAAAAGGACUGAAUGACAUAUUGACAUGAAGUGCUCCCAAAAGUGAUGAUGUCAUCACGACACGUUGAGUAAGGGGAGAUUCUGACCGUCUCCUCAGCAGACCCUUCUUGCAUUUUUAAAAGUCACAUUGCGGCACUUUAGUAGUUACAAAUGACGACUUGUGUGACGGGUCAUGAUCACACCGGGGCCAAAACGCGAAUCAGAAGACACACACACACAAAUCACAUUUAAUGACAAUAAAUGUUCUAGUCACUGCAAUGCAGAGUAUCUGUUGUAAUGAUGUGUAUCUUUGAUUUUCAACAUUAUAUUCUUAUGACGUACCCUUGCAAAAGACACAUGCAAAAUAAGGAUUUCAAAUUUCUGAUGAUACUCAUUUGUCACGGUCGCCUUGUUGCGUGUAUAAACUGUAAAUGCGUGCACGUGGGUGCACCGCGGUUGGCCCACAAACAAAAAGGAGCAUUCCAGAUCCAGACGGAUCAACAGCGUGGAAUAUGGAUCCUCUUCUUCAACAGAAAUCCGAACACCUUCUUAUCAUCCACUUGGACUCCUUUUUGCCAGAAGAUACACUUGACCCAACCCAAAUCAAGUGAACUGUGCAGAUUAUUUGGAAUGGAAAUGUUGUUGUGUUAAUGUCAAUAAAUUCUG